GGGGCACUCGUGAGUAGCGACAAGGUUGGUUACAAAGUUGCAUUUAGCAGAACGAUUAACCUAAGUUACUAUUGGGUAUGAUUAAUCAGUUAAGUAGAAUGGAAAUGUUGUAGAGAUAGGACAAGUUGACGAUGUUUUGCAUAGGCUAAGCUUGUGCCGUAGUUGCACGGUCAAAACGGGAUAAGUUGGAUGUUUGAGUUCCAGCAACUUAACGACUCAUCUUCAUCCUAAAGCGACUUUUUAUUUUCCAUAAUAAAGUAUUGAAGAAAUCAUGAGCAAAAUAUGUCGUCAUGUUGUGCAAUGACUGUGUUAGGGCUAAUAUGAACCAUUUGACGUUUGAUGUAAAUUGUUUUUGCCCUUAACUCAGAUUUACGAAGGCAACACCAAGUUAUACGCGCAAAAAAUCAACACAUGAACGCUCGACUCAAGUCGUGCUAUUUUGGACGAGUGUUUUAUGCCGCUGGAUACCUGAGGCAGUGAGUGAUUUAGCGCUCUUCAUAGACUCUUCGGCAGCAGGUUGUAAAUCUCUUGAAUGAGCCCGUCGCCCACCUGCAUGUGCAGGGCAUAACUGCAAUUAACACCUGCCGAUUCACUGGGAGUGUCUGGACCCUGACCACUCAAUUCUUCACCAGAGGGAAAAUACUUUUUGUAUCCUACAUCUUUCACCAACCACUGAAGGCCUACUUACUGUAGCCUUUAUCAUAUGAUAAGUAGGCUUGUAGAUUACACAGUAGUUUGCAAUGACUUACUGUAUCAAUGCAAGUUGACAAAUAGCCUAGGCCUAAGGUUGAAGUGGUGGUGUAGGAAUACUAGCCCAUUGUAGAUAAGCAAGCAGCAUACUCACAUAACUGUGUUAACAAAUAUUUCUCUGCUUUGUUAUAGUCAUGAAUGUAUAAUUAUAAUUGUAGAUAAAUAUAUAAUUUCAGGGGUUCAAGCACACACAGGUCAGGUUACACUCUGAAUAAACAGAAGGAGACUAAUAAACCAUGGCAGAGAUGCAGUCUGCUGAAGAGUCUGACCUCGAUCCCAACAAAGAUGACCUGCCCCUGCGAGCAAACACUAACCACAUGCUGGUCAGACACUAUGUUCUGGACCUGACCAUUCACUUUGAGAGUAAGACAAUUGGUGGCAGUAUCGUUCUCUUCCUCGAGCCUGGCAAAGGGAAGAGCAUGGAGACCCCUGAUUCUGCCCCCUCUGGGGAAUCCACCUCUCCCUCCCCUCUUUGUGAGCAGCCAAAACAGGAGCCCCAACUCCACCUCCAGCCACAAGCCGGUGCGAGUCAGACAGAAGUCACAGUGGAGACCUGUGAUCAUAAACAUGUUGAGGGAACUGAGGCACGUUCAUGGCAGGAAGGUGCGUCUGAUGAGUUCACCUUAGUGUUGGACUGCUGCGACUUGUCGGUAUCAAAGGUAGAGGAAGUGGAUGUGGCGUCUGUGCCAGGCAUGAGAGCACUGUUGGAUGACUGCGAGCAGCCUCCUCAAGCAGGAUGUCUCUCGUUCACGCUGGUGGAAAGACUGCUGGCCCUGUCCUCUUCCUGCUGGAAGGAGCAGCAUGAUUUGUACCUCCAGUGCAGUACCGCCCCCUGCCCACAGGGGGCAGCGGCCCUUAGCUUUCACACAGACCGUUGGAGCCUGCAGCUUAGGAAGAGAGGAGUUGGCUCGCCAAGUGGCUUCCCCCGAGCCCUCCGCAUCUGGUACGAGACCAAACCCAAGGGGGCCUCGGUGAGGUGGACCGACACUCAAGAUGGCAGGUGCUGCGUGUACACCAUGGGCUCUCCCAUCAACAACAGGGCCCUCUUCCCAUGCCAGGAACCACCUGUUGCCAUGUCAACGUGGCAGGCCACUGUUGUGGCCCCCGGUGAAUACACAGUCCUGCUCAGUGGGGAGAACCAGGUGGUUCCUGUCCAAAAGGAGUCCGGAUUGUCACGUUGGGCCUAUUAUGUUACCAUGCCAAUGCCUGCCUCCACUUUUACCUUGGCAGUGGGACAGUGGCACGAAGCCCAAGCAAAAUCUGGCACUGGUGUGCCAGUCCUCACUGAGUCGAGCAACAGCAGUACACCAGGUGUGAGCACCUCGGGUUGCAGUAGCGUGGAGAAGCCGUGCCACGGUUCCAACCAGGAGUUCCAGGGCGCUGCUGAUGGCCCGGCCCAGAGCAUGUGCGCUCACGUGGACUACCCGUGCCGCUUCACCCUGACCGAAGCCUGGCAGGAGGCCAUCAUCCCCCACCGCGUCUUCUCUCCUACCUGCCUCCUGCCACAGGUGGAAACUGUGGUGGUGCCUCACCUGCCCGCCUGUCUGGCUGCCGCCCACGCCGUGCUGGGCGUCCACCCUUUCUCUCACCUGGACGUCCUGAUUGUCCCCUCAGGGUUCUCCAGUCUGGGAAUGGCGAGCCCUCAUAUAGUGUUCCUGUCCCAGAGCGUGCUUAUGGGCCCAGCGCACCUGUGCGGGGCUCGCCUGUGUCACGAGAUUGCCCACGCCUGGUUUGGCCUGGUCAUCGGGGCGCGGGACUGGACCGAGGAGUGGAUCAGCGAGGGAUUUGCCACCUUCCUGGAGGAUGUGCUGUGGGCUAAAGUGCAACAGCUGAGCCUCCAUGAGGAGGAGGACCAGCUGCAUCUGAGGGCUCUGUUGAGGUGGAGGCGUCUCCAUGACGAGCUGCAGAACGCCGAGCAGGAACUCCAGAUCCUCAGGCCCCACAAGGAGAGCACUGGAGUAGUGUCUGAGUCUGGGGCGUCCACUGUGAAGCAUGGCCUCAACCCAGAGAAGCCCUUCAUGCAAGUCCAUUACCUCAAGGGGUAUUUCCUGUUGAAGUUUCUGGCCAGCUUUACCGGGCACGAGCAGUUCCUCGCCUUCCUCCGGCUGUUUGUGAGCUUAUACCACGGACGACUUGUUCUGUCUCAGGAUUUCUUGCGGAUGCUCCUGGAUCACUUUCCAGACGUGAAGAGACGUGGCCUCACCCUGGAGGGCAUAUAUGCAGACUGGCUCGAUGCGCCUGGAAUACCUAAGUGGCUGACGGAGGAAAGUGCUGCCUGGCUUCAGUCGCCGCUGGUCACAGAAGUCCAACAGGAGGUCACAAAAUGGAUUCACUUCAGUCGUGGCCAUGGAAAGGGCACCAAGCGGAAGAGAGGGGAUCCCUGUCUGAAGGUGAACUUCAAAGAGAUGGGUCCGGAGCAGACCGUGUUGCUUUUGGAGAUGCUGCUGGAGGAGGAGAAAAUGAGUGCAGGUGUGCUGCAGACCCUGGAGAGAACCUACGACCUGAGGACACAGGACGCUGAGGUCAAGCAUCGCUGGUGUGAGUUGGUGGUUAAACACAAGUACAGCGCAGCCUACAAGGACGUGGAGGACUUCUUGAUUGACAACCAGGCCAUGGGUGUGUACCUGUACGGGGAGCUGAUGCUGCAGGAGGACGGUCGUCAGCAGGCUCUGGCCCGCCGCUGCUUCUCUCGGGCCCAGGAGCACAUGGACCCGGCCGCCCUCGCCGUGGUGUCCGAGAUGAUCCUGUGACCUCCGACCCGCGAGGGACAGAGAGAGGACUCCUCUUCGACACACCACAGACGGCCCUCCAGAGACCCUCUGCAGUCGGGGAGCGAUGGAAACGUCGCAACGCACUCGCGUCGACAUUAAACAGCGGGGGAAAGAAAUCAAACUCACUGUGAAAAGAGCUCAAUUUCAAUUUCAUUUAUUUGUAUAACUACUGUGGCACAAACACAAUGGGAAACACUGUUCAAAUAAAUA